AUGAAGAAGAUUAAGUCCCUAAUCCGCAAACUCUUCAGGACGCCGACUACUAGACGUGCCGCGGCGGGGGGAUGCAAGGUCAUCCAGUCGACAGAGCUGUCUGAGGAGUCGUCGGUGGCACCUGAACCGGCUCUGUCGCCCUCCGCCACAAUCGUCUCUGAAGAUGAUGCCGGCACGCGCGAGUCUUCAAGGACCUUGAGUCUCUCAAGAGAAGGGACACCCAGUCCUCACGUCCGUGAGACGGAAGUGGUAUCGGAGCUUCCAGAACAGGCUAAGGAGCCCAAAGGCAAAGGCAAGGAACCUAACGACAAGGAGCCUUACCGCCCCCCUUCACCAGUGUUACUGCCGCCGACUAAGGUUAAAGUGGAAGUACCUGAUCUAUCCGGAACAACAGUCGCAGAAGCCAGUAGCAGCAACACCCUUGUACAGCCGCCCACAACCCCUAAGCGCAGCAGAACCAUCGCUGCACUGGACACUGACGACGACGACGACGACGACGACGACCAAGACAACAGCGGAUCGCCCAGGAAGCGUCGCAUGGAAGCAGCCCCGGUCAUCAUCCAGUACGACCCAGUACCCGGGGACUGGGAUAACCGCCCACCAACUCCCGUCAUCAAGUACGAAGACUCCGACUCGGGCGGCGAGGAAAAUCCCUUCGUGAUAUCACCCGACGUCCAACGACACUACGACCUAGGCCCGGACGCAGCCCCGAUCCCCUUCCAGCGGUCCUUCCUCCUUGGGCCCCCAACCCCUCCGCCUCCCGGCGUACCCCUCUACCACCCCAGCUUCCCGGGGCGUGAUCCUCUGCGCUGCCGUCAAUGCAAGAGCAGCUAUUACGGCUUCGACGUCCUGCUGUCCAAGAGCGUCCACAACCCGGGAAGAUACUACUACGUAUGCAGACAGUGCAACAACUUCACCUGCUGGGCUGACGAUCAAGGAGUAAAUGAAGGUAAUCUAAGGUGUAAUUGCACCAAGGGGAGGUAUCUAUCGCGCGAGGACAUCACGAGUGAGAGGGCCACAACCCCUCGGAAGCUGUUCUACAAGUGCGCCACGGGCGCGUGUAGCUUCAUCUAUUAUACGCCAAACCCCCUAUCUAAAGAAGAAGUAAAUGAGCAUUACGGACGACGAAUUUAUCCGGUAUAA